AUGGAACUGAAUGAAGAUAUUGUUGUGGAUAUCAUCUCCCGCUUGCCCGUGAAGGUAGCAGUUCAAUUGCACCAAUUGAUAUCUUAUCCUGAGCCUACAAAUUAUUUUUCUACUGUGGGCGGAGGCGCAGGAUUAGCCAUUGAUCAUCCAACUACAAAUCACAAUUAUAAAUUGGUGACUGUUGGGAUGCUGAAUAAAUGCAGAGGAUAUAGAUUUAGUGUAUUUUCAUCGGAAGAAGCUGGAGUUGUAUGGCAUGAAUUCCAAUUUUUGAAAGAGGUAUAUUAUCGUACUUCCAUAGUCGGUCCACAACCUGUUUUCGUGCACGAUUGCUUGCAUUGGCUCACGAGUGACGGUAAUGUUCUUGCUUUUGAUACAAAGAGUAGUACCGGACAGGCUACAAUUAUCAACCUACCUCGUGAAGUCCUUCAUGUUUAUUUAAAUGAUCCUAUGUACGGUGCUAUUAAUUUCAUGUUCGAUGCAGUUUUGGAGUUGGUACGUGGUGUACUUACCCUCGUUUGUUCAUUCAAGAAAUUCAUAGUCAUUUUUGGUUAUGAUUAUGUAAGCCGCAAAUGGAAAGUUUCAUACACAUUGCCUAACUUCAAGCCGGAUCUUGUGGGACGUGUUGGUGGUCCUGCUUCUCCAAUAUGUUUUGAUGGGGAAAAGUUGUUUAUCUUCGGAAGAUAUAGGGCUGCACCGCGGACUGGAUAUCUGUACGAGUAUGUUAUAGAGAUGAAGACGUAUAAAAAAGUAGGUGAAGUUUUCAAUAUGCAUAGUGCUAUCUUCUUCUCGUGGGAACCAACAUUAGCCCGUAUCCCUAAGACAGAGCUUCCCCCUUACAAAGUCCACUCUAAACAUUUCCCAGAGAUUACUGCAACAUUAGAUGAGCUCAGAUGUCUGAUUGCUAAUAAACCUCGAGUUGAUCGUGUCACGAAAACAGCCAUAAAUAAUUAUAGGUUGUUAGCUGUUAUUGGUUCUCAAUACUAA